AUGAAACGUCACCUAAGGUACAACGAAGAAAGAUCACAGCCGCGGUUCAACGCAUUCAUUCACGUCCACCUGAAAGUGCAGCCCGAAGAAACUUCUAUCCUCAAAGAAAAGGGAAAUUAUGAUUCGAGUGCAAGGACGAAAAUAUCGAACCAAAAUCGAGGUUUCGUCAACUGGAGGCUGUUGUCAAGUUGGAUGGCAACCAGCGUUCGAAGAGCGAUCACAAAUGGGCUGAAGGUAGUUCACAAUCGACCAUUCCUUGCGGGGACGGUGUUUCUGUUUACCGCCCUGUUUCUCGUCUUGUCAAGAUACCCCUGUUUUUAUCUCUGCGACCCCUUUGAGCACCACGACAAACCCAAUCCACCACCUCCUCGAACGUUCGAAGAACGAGUGCAUCAUGUCCAAAAUGUGGUCCAGAAGCAACGCCAGUUCCUGCCACUUUCGGCUGACUACAUUUACCAACAGGAAUCAAGCAACACCGAUUUGAAUCACAAUGAUUGGUACGAUAUAUUCAACUGUCCCAUGCAACCAUCUCCUUCGUAUCCCUUGGAGUUCCCCAUCAUGAAUGUUUUGAACCAUUGGCCCAUUGCCGAUACCGAUGCCAAAGAGACGCGCUACAUUCACCAGGGACUCUGUGUCCUUGACUUUGCCAAACACGGCGCAGACAUUGUACGACAACAAAUGCAAAACUAUCAACACGCGGAAAAGCCCUUCGUGGUAAAAAACCACCCCGAAGCUCUCAAGUCAGUAGAGCGGUGGAAUACAGAUGGUUACAUGGACUAUAUGCUGCAACGAAAGGUGUAUCGGGGUGAGUUUUCCCGAAACCUAAGCAUGAUGUAUUGGUCGAUUAGUAGAAAUCACAACGUACCAAAGGGAUUUGUGCCUCCUACAAAGCUGCGGCCCACGACCUUUGAGUCAUGGCGUCAACGAGCCGAACUGAUGGAAAACGAAACCAAUUCAACUAUCGACAAGAUGUAUCUACGCUUGGACGCAUGCGAGUCGCCCAACAAGCGCUGCGACGCCUUGCAUCGAAUGUGGUCACUUUCAGGAAUCUACGGUCUCACCCAUAUCGAUGAUGCGGAUUUCAUCCAUGAUGAGUUACCAUUCUUGAGUCCUCGGUACUACGACAAAGGAAUCUCCAAAGACUUUCUUAUUGAACCGCAGAAGUCGCGUGGUAUUCAAUGCCGCUUUGGAGCAAAGGGUCUGGUGGCUGAAGAUCACUUUGACAAUGAACGAAAUUUCAUUGCUGUUCUUGGAGGUGAACGCCGAUACCUGCUUUCACAUCCAAACAACUGCAAAGACUCGUAUCUAUACCCCAUGGCUCAUCCUUUGGAAAGGCAUACACAAGUCGAUUGGUUUGCUCCCAACUUGACUCAAUUCCCCAAUUUCAAGAAUGCACACAUCAACGAAGUGGUGCUACAAGCGGGGGAUGUUUUGUAUUUGCCAACAUACUGGUUUCAUCACAUUGUGAGUCUUUCGAAAAAUUAUCAGUGCAACGUUCGAAGUGGCCACUCUCUCCACUACGAUCAGGACAUUUACGACUGUGGAUUCCUAUACCCGUGGCCUGGAGAGUGA